UGUCAUCUGCAGAACGGGAUAGUGGCGGCUGCAGCUCCUGUGCAUGGGGUCCACCCGGUGGGCCGCUGUGGCAUCAGCGAGGGCUGGUCGUGCUCCGGAGCCGUCACCGGGAUGGGGCGGCCCCAGCUCUUUAGGGGAAGCUGCCAUGAGCCUCCAUCUCGCUCCCUAAAAUGUCACUGACACAUCAUUCAUAGAUUUCAAGCGAUUCUCUUCUCUGACACGACGCGAAGUUGAAAAUUAAUGCGAUUAGCUGUGCGUCUCCCAGGUCCUGCCUGAAGCCCCAGCACAGAUACUUGUAACACCGCAUGGCGGUCUCCUGAUCGGACCAUUUUCAAGAGCUCACAUCAGCCUUCCUACAGCUUAAAAGUUAAGUAUCUGUGGAGCACUUACGUCGGGAGCCCUGUGUUGGGAGCCAGAGUGUUACGCAUUUACUGCCCACAGGAAGCCACUCAGCCUGGUAGUGACCGAAAAGCGAAAAAUAUGCUGGGAUAACAGGUGCUUGAAGAAGGGCUGCGUGUGGCAGGAGGCCCCAGAGGCGAGAGUCGCAGCAAGGGGAGAGGCGAAGCACAGAGAGCAGCAGAUCAGACCAUACUGAGCUCCCUUAGAGCGGCUGAGACCCGUGGAGGAUGCUGGCUGCCAAGUGGCUGACGAGGGCCUCACUCUAAGGUGGGAGAGCAGGUCUCAGCGGGACAGCGUCCUCUGCUCCUGGGCUCACCAUGGCCUUCACCCUUUGGCUGGACGGCUGACGUGACUGUGUGCCCCAAGUGUGCACGCUGCUGGACUGGGUGCUGUCCCAGGUACUGCUCUCAGUGUCUGGGAGCAGGGCAGGUGGGCAUCAGAUGCUACCACAAGCCGGACGGGGCAGAGCGAUGGACUCCGACAAGCUAAGAUGGAAGUGACCUGAGGCCUUGCCCAGGCGAUUUCCUCUUGACAGGAUAGCUUAAGAGUUGGAGCACAGGCUUGUCUGGGGAGCAGUAUGCAGGAAGCUGGUUUUCAGGCCACAAAUGCUUUCACAGAGUGCAAAUUCACCUGCACCAGCGGGAAAUGCUUGUAUCUUGGUUCACUGGUCUGUAACCAACAGAAUGACUGUGGGGACAACAGUGAUGAAGAAAACUGCCUCUUGGUGACUGAGCACCCACCUCCUGGCAUCUUCAACUCGGAGCUGGAGUUUGCGCAGAUCAUCGUCGUCGUCGUGGUGGUCACGGUGAUGGUCGUGGUCAUCGUCUGCCUGCUGAACCACUACAAGGGCUCCACACGGUCCUUCAUCAACCGCCCGGGGAGCCGGAGGCAGGAGGACGGGCUGCAGCCGUGCCAGGAAGGGCGCCUGUGGCCAUCAGACAGCUCCAGGCCUCGGCCAUCGGCCUCAGAGGUCAUGUACGCCCCGAGGCCCAGGGACAGGUUCGCGGCCCCUGCCUUCCUCCCCAGGGACCGCUUCAGCCGCUUCCAGCCCACCUACCCCUACGUGCAGCACGACAUCGACCUCCCCCCCACCAUCUCGCUGUCCGAUGGGGAGGAGCCGCCGCCCUACCAGGGGCCCUGCGCCCUGCAGCUCAGGGACCCCGAACAGCAGCGGGAGCUCAACCGCGAGUCGGUGAGGGCCCCGCCCAACCGAACCAUAUUCGACAGCGACCUGCUGGACGUUGCCGCCUGCAGCGCGGGCCCGUGUCCACCCAGCAGCCACUCGGGCAUCAGCGCCAGCACCUGCAGCAGCCACGGCAGAAUGGAGGGGCCGCCGCCCGCCUACAGCGAGGUGAUAGGCCGGCCCCCAGGCGCUGCCCUCCUCCGGCCCCAGCACGGCGCGCUCAGGGGUGGCGGCCCGGUGGCCCCGCAGGACAGCGUGGGGGGACCGGCGCUGCCCGCCCAGGCCAAGGACAGGAAGCCUGGGAACCUCGCAUGAGCCGCCGGCCUGCACCCAGGAGGAAGCAUCCAGGCAGCCGCCACCCCACCUGGGCUGCCCGGGUCACCUGUUCCGGGAAGGAAAACCCAACGUGUGGCGGAGCUCUUUGCUUUGGGCUCCUUAGGGGACCUGCAUGGGCUGGGCGGAAACCCUACAGACUGCCAUCGGGUCCAACCAGCAUCGGCAUCUGGGGACAGGUGCAAGGACGGGCCUGGCCCUGGUGGCGGGAGGGGGCUCGGAAACACCGUACGCGGGGUGCUCGGAGGGUAUCAUGAAACAAGACCCACAGAGGUGUUUGAUCUAUUUAAUUAUGAAAGGAGACUUUGCAGAGAAAGGGCCAGAGUGGCCUGUUUUAUAAUUAAUUGAUAAAGAAGGAUGCAUUAUUAUAUAUUGUCAUGGGGAAGCAUUGGCCAGUUUGCUUUUUCUCCCAAGGUGUGGAACUUUUUUAUUUUGUUUUAAAAAUAUUCAGAAUUCCUGUUUUGUGUGCCAAGAUAUAAAGUGAAGAAGUUAGAUGAAUGCAAGGAGUCAAUCUGUAUCGUGAUGACGUGUGUUUAAAAGUUGCACUACCUAAAUGUUUCUGAGGGGACUGCUGUGCGCGCGGUUCCGUGUGUCGUCUUCUCGCCUGUGGAUUGCUGCUCAGCCCGGGAAUACCUGGAAUCCCCAUAGUCACCAGGGAGGACGUUGGGGGAUGUAGCCUAACAAGGCCGGCUUGUGCCAAUCAAGGGAGGCAGGACUGCUGCAAGGGUCUGCAGGGGUGAGGGGUCUGGAGACGGGGAUGGAGAGGGGGAUGGGAGACAGUCCAGCACUCUGACCCACUGUCACUGGGCCAGUCUCAGCCCGGCUGCAUGUUCUUCUGAAUCCGAACCCCACACCUGCGUCCACGUAGCGCCCGCGUUAUGCAGCGCUGCCCGUCCUCCAGCAGUGCAGUGUCUUCAGUGAUUCAGACUUUUUUCACUGUAGCAUGAAAUAUACUCAGAUAUACACAU